AUGGACUUUAAUCUUUCCUCCUACGUCAAUAACUUCGAUAUUGAUAAAGGCUACGAGGUUGAAUUUUCUAAUGUCGAUGCAAAGUUAGAAUCGUUGGUUGAGUCGCUUGCUCACAACCCUGAAUCUGUAUCUAAUCCAGACUUGUUUGAUGAUUUCGUUGAACUUACGCAUGGCUUUAGUACGUUGCGCCUGAAGCAGCAACAGCAACUAUCCUAUCUAAUUGUUUCCUCAUUCAACACCAUCUGCCAGCAGUUUGAUCGAACGAUACAAGAAGAAGACUUUCAUGAGUCGUUGGAUCAAGUAAAGUCCACCAUGGAGAGAUAUGGGUAUUUAGUAUUUGUAUUGUUAAAGCAACUCGCAAAGGAGGAUUUUCUGCAGUUGAGUGCAACCAGAUCUCAAAAGUCUUUGCCCAAGGACUUCCUUGCCAAGUGGAGUUCAAAUUGCACUGAGGUUGAGAACAGUUUGGUCGUUGUAAAAGCCGUCUUGAAUCUCGUUUUGGAAAGGAUAUUUGUAACUACACCGGAGCGUGACGCGUAUGUUGAGCUUUUUACGCGUCCGAUAAUGAAUCUCAUGGAAAGUCCAGAAAGAAUGAAAGUGGUUGGCUUGAGGAUAGUAAUUUUCGAAGAUUUGUGUAUUGCGGUCACAAAGCAUGGCCAUGGUCCAUGCCUUAGACACUCUAUAACACAAAGUCUAACCUAUUAUGCUCACUUGCCGCAAUAUAUGGCUAUGUUACUAAACAUGUUGACUGACAAGUACGACCACACCUUACUAUCAGAAGAGGUUUUGAGAGAAAUUGCUCAAACAAACUUCAACUCGAAUGACACGAAUGGACCAAAAGCGAUUGCAGAAUUCUUAGUUAAACUAUCAGAGUUGAACCCGGUUCUGAUUCUACGUCAGAUGACAAGCAUCUCGCAAUUGUUGGCCAAUACCAACCAAACCUUGAGGUGCUCAGUUGUGGAGACUUGUGGUAAUAUUGUUGUUAGCAUACUUAAAUCUUUUGACAGUCCCAUGGAGGAGCAAGAUGAAAUGAGUGAUCAUAAUGAACAACAGGUAGAUAGGCUACUCAAUUUGUUAGAAGAAAGGUUCUUGGAUCAGAAUCCUUUUGUGAGAACAAAAGCUUUUCAAGCUUUGACAAAGGUUGCAGAGUUGAAGGUCAAGCUUACUGCUCGAAGACAAAAGAUCAUGCAACUUGCCGUUAGGUCUCUAGAUGAUAGGAGUACUCUAGUCAGACGAAAUGUGAUCAAGUUGAUUGGAAAACUUAUAAUAAAUCACCAAUUCCAAGGUGUACAUGGUACCCAAUUGAAUCUUAAAUUUUGGAUAGAAAAGCUAGAUGAAGCGGAAAAAGAAUUAUUUCAAUAUCUUCCCACUGUGGCAGAAGAGCUAUCGGUUGGGAGUGAUGGUAUUUCUUCUUCGGAACAUGAAAAAGAUGCCGAUUCCAUUUCAGAGGAUGGCAAAGAUGUUGACAUUUGUGCCACGAAAUCAAACGAGACCAACUCUACCACAGCAAAUGCUACUUCAAAGGGGCUUGAUAACAAAGAAGAAACAAAUGCUGGAGAAAACCAUGUGAGCGAACUUGGGGAUGAAUACCCAAUUGAGCAGAAUCUACCGGACAAGACGAUUCUAGCGAGAAUCAAGCUCAAGUUUGAUUUCUACAAAGACGCGGUAGACUUCAUUGAAAUGGUGCACAGCAGUGUUGACAUUGUCUCGCGAUUGUUGUUUUCAAGAAACAGGAAUGAAGCUAUAGAUGCGAUGGACUUUUUAGUUCUUGUUGAUGCUUACGGAAUUGAAAAUGUCCAAAACGGGAUCAGGAAGAUGCUCCAUUUGGUUUGGAUGAAAGGUUCAUCAGAUGAAGGGAAGUCAGUCGCAUCACACCUCAUUGACUGUUAUAAAUCUUUGUUUAUGUCAGCUCCUGCAGGCUCCAAUGCAGAGAAAGCAACGUAUAUAGCAGGUAACCUCAUACAGCUAACCAUAGGUGCAAGUCUUGCUGAUUUGGCUUCCUUGGAGAAGUUGCUUUGUAUGAUGUACGAGGCAAAUUACAUUAAUAGCGACGUUGUUAAAGUAUUGUGGCAUGUAUACAAUACACACAUCGAAGAAGGCCGGGUGGUGAGGGAAAAAAGACGUGGUGCAAUCAAGAUCCUAGGCAUGUUGGCACUUGAAGAUUAUAAAAUCUCUCAGCAGGGUUUCAAUUCAAUAUUAAGUGUUGGAUUGGGAGAAAAGGGCCACUCGGACUUGGUAUUAUGCCGCUAUACAUGCAUAGCUUUGCAAAGAGUAUUGUCGGCUGCUGAAAGAAAGUCACUCACGCCCAAAUUAGUCGAUGAAGAUCUUUGCAUGGAGAAGCUCACGAAUGUUCUUUUGAUGGAAUGUGUCGAAGGCGUGUGGUUUCCAGCUGCCGAGCAGGCAAUAAACACAAUCUUUAGCAUUUCGUCAGACCCCGUUUCGGUUUGUUCGAAAGCGAUUCAGAAAAAGUCGGAUAAAGUGUUCAAUUCAGGUACCGGGGAAAAACUGAAUUGUCACUCACUUUCACAACUUCUUUUCAUUGUUGGGCAUGUGGCUGUUAAAACCAUUGUUUUCUUGGAAAACCUUGAAGCUCAAUUUAAAAAGAAAAAACAUGCAGCAGAAUCAAAGAGCAGAAAUGAUGAAGGCGCAAAUGGUGUUACCGAAGAAAACGAAUUAGAGAUGAUUGGUGGUACUUCAGAGGAUGAUUUUGCCGAUGCAGUGGUCCAUGUGAAAGAAAGGGAGCUAUUAUAUGCUGAUAACUCGUUGUUGAAAGGUUUCGGGUUACUCGUACGAAGGAUUUGCUCAUCUCCUAAGCAAUACAAAAACACCUUGUUGCAGCGCCAGGCAGUGUUGUGUUUAGCUAAACUCAUGUGCGUUUCAUCCAUUUAUUGUGAAGAGAACUUGCCGUUAUUGUUAAAAGUCAUGGAAAGUUCCAAGGAUCCAGUUGUAAGGUGUAACUGUGUAUUAGGUUUGGGUGAUCUUGCAGUGAGUUUCAACCGAUUGAUUGAUGAGAAUACCGAUUUCAUAUAUCGUCGAUUGACUGAUGAAAAUAUAAUGGUCCAACGGACAUGUUUGAUGACGGUCACGUUUUUAAUCUUGGCUGGACAAGUAAAGGUCAAAGGACAGUUAUCAUCCAUGGCCAAAUGUUUGGAAAACCCGGACCAAGGUAUUAGCGACAUGUGUCGUUUAUUUUUUGCUGAAUUGGCAACCAAGGACAAUGCUAUUUACAAUGGAUUUAUAGAUAUAUUCAGUGGACUAUCGUUUGACCAAACGUUGAGCAACGCCGAGUUCAAGCGUAUUUUAAAAUUCUUGAUAGGCUUUGUCGACAAGGAGCGUCAUCAAAAGCAGUUAUGUGAGAAAUUGCUAGUCAGAUUGUCUAAGGCAAGAAACCAAAAGGAGUGGAACGAUGUUGCAUUUGCGUUGGAAACUUUUCCAUAUACAAGUGAGGCGAUUUCUGUGGCUAUCAAGGAAGGAUACCAAGUCGUCCAAGCUAAAUAG